AUGUCAGACAACGGAUCUGAAAAUGGAGAUGUCGAGGAAAGUCUUGGCAUUGGUGUGUACGAGGGCGACCGCAAUGCUGCAAAGGAGCGUCACGGAACAGGAAAGAAUCUGUUUGUAAACGGUGAUGUGUAUGAAGGAGCGUACAUUCAGAGCAAGCGUCACGGAGAGGGUGUUUACAAGUGGAAGGCAGGGCAUCGCUAUGUUGGGGCAUAUGAUAAUAAUCAGAGGCAUGGUCAAGGAUACUUUGUAUAUCCUGAUGGCUCCAAAUACAAAGGAGAAUUUCAACAUGGAAAGCGUCAUGGACAAGGAACAUACGUAUAUGUCAAUGGUGAUGUUUAUCAAGGUGCUUGGGAAGACAAUUUAAAGAACGGCAAAGGUACAUAUAUUUACCAAAACGGUGGAAAGAAACUUGGUAUGUGGGUCCAAGGAAAGCUCGAAGGACCAGGUGAAAUAGUGUAUCCCGAUUACAAGGUGUGUGGUGUAUUUAAAACCGACGAUAUAAUGGAUAUGCCUGCUAUAAUCCACUACACCAAGACUGGGUUUUCGCAGACCAUACACGAUCCAGCUCAUAUCGGCAUGAGUACAGCGCAGGUUCUUUAAUCAACAAAAUGAGCAAUUAUAAUAAUAAAACAUGAAUAAUCUGCUCUUCUAUAUACGCAUGCAUGGCUAACGCUACUAUGAGCAAAUAUAUGCAGUAGAUAUAUAUCUAGCAUGGGGAAAAAGCGUCGCCAGCGUUUUGUGGUCGCCUAAAGCAACAAUAAAGCUUAAUUUGAUUGUUUAAAAUCCA